AUGAUCAUCACAGAUUCUGAUCGUACAUUUACCUCCCACACUAGCAGGCAAUAUAAGUCUUCUCCAUCUGUAAUUGUGAUAUUGCUGGAAUCAAGAGAUAGAAUUGGUGGACGUAUUCAAACUGACUACUCGUUUGGUUGCCCUAUUGACAUGGGAGCAUCGUGGCUACAUGGUGACAACUCUGUACUGUAUGACCAUGAUCUUGAGAGUUUUAUGCCCUUUGGUAUUGAUGGCAAGCAAGUUCCUCAACAGUUGUUGAAGUUGGAUGGAGAUGCAUUUAGAAAAAUUGUUCCCAAAGAGACUGAGAAAGUGAGGGAUGAACAUAGCAAUGAGGGAUGAACAUAGCAAGCAAUAUCAAUCGUACUGGACAUAUAUCCAGAACUAAGGCAAGAUGGACUUGCCGAUGAAGUGAUGCAGUGGUACAUAUGCAGAAUGGAAGCAUGGUUUGCUGCAGCUGCAAACUCAAUAUCUCUAAAGACUUGGGAUCAGACAAGUUAUUGUAAAUUAAAAGAGAGAAUGUACUUUCUUGUCGUCAUGGACUAA